AUGGAAUCACCAAAAAAGGUUUUAAAGACAUAUACUCCAAAAGACUUUUCAAAAGAACUUACAACACAUGAUAACCUUUCUUUUAUGUCUUGUAGAAAAUCAGAGUUAAUUAAAGCUUCAAGAACAAAUAGAGAAAAAAAGAGUUUCCAACAAUUACUCUGUAUUGGAUUACUUUCACACCAUGUGUCUUUAGUUAUAAAAUUGCCUAUUAAAAAAUCACACAUUACAAUGGAAUUUAUCAAAGUCAAAAAUAUUCAUUUCAAAAAUGGUGAAAGUCUUGAAAUAGAAGAUUUUAUCAUUAAAAGAUGUAAUGAAAUUUAUAACCAUGAUAUUACAAAAGGAAUUCCAUUAAAAACAGCUCAAAGAAGACUUGAAGUAAAUAAAAAAAUAGAGACAAUUCACUUUCUUCAAGACCUUCUUUUAGACUAUGGAUACUUUUUUACAUUAGCCACUGAAAAAGGAAAGAAAUCAACAAACAAACUUACUUAUAUUACUGAAGUUUUCAAAAAUGGGAAAUGUAUUUUUUCAAAAAACCAAUUAUUGCCAUAUAUUAAUUCAUUAAGGUCCACACUUAAAUCAAAAGUAAUGAAUCAUUGUGGGUACUUCAAAAUUGAGUCCCCACUCGAUCCAAAUAACGUUAAAUAA